AUGAAGGAUGAUUAUUCAGAACUUACAACUUUGGGUACUUCAACUCCUUCUGCCUAUCGUAGAUUAGUUUUUAAGUAAAAGAAUGAGGCUUCAGAAUUGUACACAGAUUUGACCAAUCAGCGAAAUUCUUAGUAGAAAAAUUAGAAAUAACUCUUUUAGAAGAGAUUCCAAUCUAAACAAGAGAGAAAUGAGAGCUUUGAGGCCUAAGAGGAAUUGCUUAAUAUGGAAGUUAACGAUUGGUAAGGAUUCUUAGAAAAGGAACAUCAUGCCAUUUAAUAAAUCGAUAAUGAAGACAUAACUAAAGCAGAAAUCAAGACUCCUUUAACCCUAAAGAUGAAGACAUCCCCAAGUAUGGUAAGUCCCAUAAAUGAUAGAACUAACUAUUUUUAUAAGAUGAAACAAGGCAACAAGCAAUUGUCUGUUAUCAGUACACAAGAUUUUUUAAAGACUGUUCGGUACUCCUAGAAAUUGGAAGAUUAUUCAAAAUUAUAUAAACAACAACCACAAAAUCUAUACUUAAGUCUAAACUUCUCAUAAGCCGAACGAGUCCCUAAAACCUUUGGUUUGAUUCAGAAUACUCGAUCAUUAGUAACUGCAAAUGCUAGCAGAUCAAUAAGAAACCUUGAUGAUGGGAAUGCCUUCUCUAAUGCCAUGCUUACUCAAUAGAGCAGGUAAAUUCAAGUCAUGUAAUUGAAUCACAAUCAAUUUACUCCCAAAUAGUUAAGAGAUAUCUUGCUUACAUUUCCAAUUACAUUGAAAGACUUAGAAUUAUAAAAUUGUAAAUUAAAUUAUAUGCAUAUGGAGAUUUUGAUGUCAUUCGUAGGAAAGAAUCAAAUUUACAAGUUGAAUCUUGAAUGUAAUAAUAUUCGUGAUCUCGGAUCGCAAAUAAUUAUGAAACAUCUACUCAACAAUAAUACAUUAUAAUCACUCAAUCUUAACAAUAAUUAAAUCACAGAAUGUGCAAGUACAUCUAUUUCUAAUCUAUUGAAAUAGACUCAACGACUUUUAGAAUUGUAUCUUGGUUACAAUUAUCUAAAUGCAAGUGCUGGUACUACUAUUUGGAAAGCUAUGUAUAAAAAUACUAGUGUUAAAAUUUUAGAUUUAUCUCACAACAAUAUUGCAUCUCUUGAAUGUGCUUAAUCAAUCAAUAAAGCUGUAUCAAGGCCUUAUAAUGAACUUUUACAUGUCGAUCUUUCUUUUAAUAAAUUUACAUAUCCGCAAGCUUAAAUCAUCUCAGAUGCUCUUCAAAAGAAUGAAACUAUCUAUGGUUUUCAUUUUGAAGGCAAUUAAGCUGAAUUGUGUGUCAAUCCCAAUGGAUUUCUAAUUAACAAUAUCGUAUACCAUUCACAAUUAAAGGAUAAAUUGACUCAACUCUACAAAUAACCAUAAUAUUUCAAAUUGUUGGAAGAAGCCAAAGUAGAGUAAACUAUAAUAAGGAGAGAGGAAUCUCUUGUAAUGCCCUUUAGUAGAUCAAGGAAAAUCCGAUCUACUAAAAUGAAUGUUUAGAAAGUGAAUGAAAUAAAUAAACUAGAUACGUGUUGGAUAUGCGAAGGGUGGUAGGAAAUUAAGUUUGAAUGGACAGCUCACAAAUCUGGAAGCUUAUACAAUGAGCCUAUCUUUAUUCAUUUUGAUUUUGAGGAUUAUCGACCUUUAUUAAUGACCUUUCUUAAUAAUGAGUUCUUUUUUAUUAAAAUGUGUCCUCCAAACAAGGAAAUACACUACUUCUUUACUAAUCCAAUACUCGGAGUUCAACAACCAGCUAUGGAUUAGAAUAUUAAGAAUAUGUAAAUCUAAUCGAUUCCAUUUUUGUACAAUGAUGAAAUUCUGGUUGAUGGGAACGUAAUGGAGUAUGUUAACGUUUUAAGAACCACCAUUAAAUAACAAUUGUUUGAUAAAUAUAUGCCAAUGGUACAAUGCAAGCCUAGAGAACCAAUGGCGAAAUUUGAUUUUUCUCCCUAUUUGAAUAUAAAGAAACAUAGAUGGUCAGUUGAAAAUUCAAUAUUUAAACAUUUUUAACCAGACACACCCUAAUUAAUUGAUGAAUGCUUUGAAUUUGAUUUUCAGAAUUCUAAAGUUACUCGAUUAGUGAAGGAAACGGAAUUAUUAGAAAUAAAAGAGAAUUUAAAGCUUUUGUACCGACAGUUGUUUCAUGUUUACAAAUAUCAUGCCUCUGGUUCAUUAGCAGCCCCUAUUCCCUCCAUAAUGAUUUAAGACUAUAUCGACUUUUUAGUCUAGACUUCAUUGAUGGAUGGAUACAAGACUAAUGAUAUUGAUAUUAGUUUCACAUCAACAACUGCAGCUAAGGAUGUGCCAUUUCCAUAAGCCUUUGAUAAGGGAUUGGUACGAUGUUAAUUGUUGGAAAUAAUGAUAAGAAUGUGCAAUGAUAAAUUUCUCAGACAAGGACUCUGUGCCACGAUGACUGAGGCUAUAACUCUAGUGACCAAAUAAGCCUAAGACUACUUUGCAAAGUUUGAUUAGGCUUAGAUGUGGAGGAAGACUAGAUUAUGGAAUUAGAAAUGUGAUAUCAUACUCAAUGAUCGAUUGGCUAUGUUGAAAUCUCUAUUUAAAUAUAUAUGCAAAUUGAGUAAGAAGGAUAAAUAAGUGUGCAGAUAUGAUUAUAUUUCUGUCUAGGAUUUUAAGGAUUGGAUUGUGCAAUCAAAAUUAAUAUGCGAUGACUUGAGUGAAAGAGAGUGCUAUCUAAUCUAUUUACUAUCAAUGAUAACUCAAAAAGAUGAACUCUAUUCUAGCAAACACUAUUAGAUGAACUUCCAUGAAUUCAUAGAAAGUAUAGGCAGACUCGCAGAAAGGCUAUCCAUAAUCAGGGGAGAUAAACCGAUAGAUAUAGACGAUAGAAGAGCCAAAGAUCUAACUCCAAAAUUAGAUGGAUUUCUAUUGUAUGUUUACUUGGUCAUAGGAAAUGAUAUGAAACAAGCGCUGCCUUCCAAUGACCCAGAUAUACGCGGAGUAGACAAGUGUAUGAUUAAUGAUUUCAAAUCUUUGAAGUAGAAAUUAGAAGACUCAUUUACUGAUGGAGAUGAACCACCUUACGAUCCUAGGGUUGAAUUACCGCAUUUAUCCAGUCAAAUAACAAAUCUCUUAGGUAACACAGUUGGGGGCAAAAAGCAAACCUUGCGAUAAUAAUUAAAAUAAGUAAAGAGAGAAGAAUAAAAGUUCUCUGCAAUUAAUAUUGUUUAGUACUUUAAAAGUAUUUAAUAAGCUCAUGUGGAUCAUGAUGAUUGA